UUCGUGCUGCACCACUGCGACUGGGGCGCGCUGGCCACGCUGUCCACGCAGGAGGGGCUGCGCGGCCACCCGUUCGCCAACAUCUUCUCCCUCAGCGACGGGCCCCCCGGGCCGUUCGGCGGCAGCGGCGUCCCUUACCUGUACCUGACCGACAUGGAGAUCUCCGUGCAGGACCUGGAGGUCAAUUCAAAUGCUUCCUUAACUGUGUCUUUGGCACAGACUCCUUUCUGCAAGAAGCAUGGAUAUGAUCCCCAGAAUCCCCUCUGUGCCCAUAUAAUCUUCUGUGGGAGUAUUGUGAAGGUGAAUGAUUCAGAAGCAGGCUUAGCAAAAAAAGCAUUGUUCAGUCGUCACCCUGAAAUGGAAAGUUGGCCUAAGGAUCAUAACUGGUUUUUCGCCAAAUUCAACAUCACCAAUAUUUGGGUCCUUGACUACUUUGGUGGACUGAAAAUUGUGACACCAGAAGAAUAUUACAGUGUCAAGCCUUAG